UUUCGAGUGUUUAGUAUAAAAAUAACUAGCUGAUUGCAACAUAUCACCUCGAAAUCCAUCAAAAUCAUCGAAAAAAAUCAACAAUUAAUUACGAAGAAACGAAACCUAGAAAGAGAAAAAAUGUACGUAAUGGCUAUCUGAAAUAUUAAAUUAUAAAACUAAGCAGUUGAAUCAGUUCUUAUUAAAGAAAGCACUCGAAACUACUAUGCAAAAUUAUACGCAGACACGGGUUUAUUAAAAUUGAACACGGCGUUGAGAAAAACUUAGUUUUGUCUUACUGGCUUGUAUGAUAGCAACUGCUUAUGGAGGUGAUAUGAUGAGGAAAUCAAUCGUGUUUGAUAAGAAUACACCAGAUGUGUUCUACUGUCCCACCCACAAACCAACUGGUUUCGACAAGCUGAUAGUACGAUCAAGGCCUAUUCACAAACUAUGUGAGUUCGAAGGUAAAACCUUGCCCGAAAGCUACAGAUCAGACUGCUACCAGGACGUCGACGAAACGGAAUAUGCUUGCAAAGAAAAAUACAGGAUAAUGAAGCGGUAUGCAACUGAACCUGAUAAUAUAAUGGUCAACAGAAAAUAAGCCUCAAUAAAAUGGAAAUAUGUUUCAAUCAUCAAUAAUAGGUUUUAACGGCUUUAAGUCAGUUAAAAUUCUGUUAAAAAGUUUUUAUAAUGUAUUUAAUACAAAGGUCGAAAAUUAUUAUUGCAUAUCAAAUAUGAUUUAAAUCAACAAUGUAAUCUGACUAACGAACGUAACCAAUUAAUAUCGUGAUAUUAUGUAAGAACAUCAUGAUGUUUGUAU